AUGAAAAUUGAUAUUCAUAGCCACAUUCUGCCUAAGGAAUGGCCUGACCUGAAAAAGAGAUAUGGAUACGGUGGAUGGGUACAGCUGGAUCAUCACUGCAAGGGACAGGCAAAGAUGAUGAAGGAUGGAAAGGUUUUUAGAGUUAUUCAAGAGAACUGCUGGGAUCCAGAAGUACGGAUUAAAGAGAUGGACCAGUCAGGAGUCACCGUCCAAGUCCUGUCCACAGUCCCUGUAAUGUUCAGCUACUGGGCCAAACCUCAGGACACUUUAGAUCUUGCUCAGAUAUUAAAUAAUGAUUUAGCUGCUACAGUAAAGAAGUACCCCAAGAGGUUUAUUGGGCUGGGCACAUUACCUCUGCAAGCUCCAGAGCUGGCUGUGAGGGAAAUGCAUCGCUGUGUGAAUGAACUUGGAUUUCCUGGAGUGCAGAUUGGAUCUCAUGUCAAUGAAUGGGACCUGAAUGCCCCAGAGCUCUAUGAUAUUUAUGCUGCUGCUGAGAAAUUAAAUUGUUGUCUCUUUGUGCAUCCCUGGGACAUGCAGAUAGAUGGGAGGAUGUCCAAAUACUGGUUUCCCUGGCUAAUAGGCAUGCCAACAGAAACAACCAUGGCCAUUUGCUCCAUGAUUAUGGGAGGAAUUUUUGAAAAAUUCCCUAAGCUGAAAGUUUGCUUUGCACAUGGAGGAGGAGCUUUUCCAUACACAGUGGGUCGAAUCUCCCAUGGCUUCAACGUGCGCCCUGAUUUGUGUGCCAUGGAUAACAAGGUGGAUCCAAGAAAAUACCUUGGCUCAUUUUACACAGACUCUCUUGUCCAUGACCGUGGGGCACUAAGGCUGCUAACAAGUGUAGUAGGAGAGGACAAAGUUAUUUUGGGGACAGAUUACCCUUUUCCACUUGGAGAACUGGAACCUGGAAAAUUCAUUGAUUCAAUGGAUGAUUUUGACUAUAAACUGAAGGAUAAACUCAAGGCUGGAAAUGCUCUGGAAUUUUUGGGUCUUAGCAGAAAACAAUUUGAGUAAUUAUGAAGUACUAAAGCAGCUAAACUUUGGCAAUAAUAUCCUUGCAUUUCUAUUGGCAUGUGUAAUUGUGCAGAUGAAAAAUAAAACUGACAAUUAUC